AUGGCCUCUAAUGAUGGCGAUCAAGUCGGUAACUCGGCCGAUGACGAUUUUGACAUGGCGCUGAGCGGGCAGUUCGGGAACCUAGAAGAUAUGUUUGACGGGUCCACCGAGCACGCUGCCAAUGCGAUUGAUUUCAGCGACGAGGACGAAUUGGCAGACGAAGAAGAGGAAAGUGAUAAUGGAGAAUAUGAUGGUGAUAAUGAAGAAGUUGCUGGUGUGCCCGCUGUUGCAGAGGACGAAGAUGAUUUCAUGAAAGAGCUGGAGGCAGAAGCCAUGGAGGGCGUGGAUGAAGACGAGGCUCUUCCGAUCAACUUUGGCGAGCCCGUUGGCGGCAAUGGAGGUCUAGCAGAUCUUGAGCUUGAAGAUGUUGACAUGGAUAGCGGUGAUUUCAUUGGUGGAUCGGAAGAUGAUGGUCAUUUCGAGAAUUUGCUUCAUCAAGAGGGCUCCAAGCUCAAACAACAAGAGGCAGCGGCCACCAAAAAAGAGCGUGAAAAGAGGCGUAGACGCGGGUUAAUCAAGCUGUACUUUCCUACGUUGAUCCCUGGCAAGCCUCUACGGAUGCAGAGUCUAUUUCCGGUGGAAAAUGCCGAGUUUCCCUACCAGGUACCUGCUCCAGCAAAACCACUGAUACCGCGCAAAUUGGCAUUUGAGGUGGAACUGGAUCAGCGAAAGACUUUCAGAAUGGUAUUAAACGCGAGAACACAGAACUGGCUGACUCAGCAGCGACAAAAGGCGCAGCAGACGCAAAAGCGCGUGGUCCAGAUCACCGAUUCAGAUUUGGAUGCCCUUUUACCGAAACCAAGCAAGCCUUUCAAGCCAAUGGACAGUAUUGUGGCUUACGACAAGGAUCUCGUCCUUUCAACGGCAGAUUGGGACGAUGAAGUGAUUUUGAACGGUGGCGAGGAGGUGUCGUCGUCACGUCGACUCAAAGUUGAGCCGAUUGAGUUGGAUAACUGGAACGUUGAUGAUGAUGCAAUCCUAGAGGGGGUUAUUAAUGUCCGUGAUUUGAACUUGAAGCUAGACAUGAACGAUAGCAAUCUUCUCUUCGUCGAUCAUUCGCAAAAUAAGCGCAAGGGAUUUAACGUGGCAAUGGUUCCCACCAACGAGAAGCUCCUGGAAGCGCGCUACAACAUAUCCAACGAUAAAGAAUACGACAUGUUGAAGCAGAAUUAUCAGAUUCGGGUUCGUUCCACUGUUGGUAACCUUUCAAUUGACCAUACGCUUCCCGCUAUCCGCCUCCAAUCGCCUUAUUACCCUGUCAAACUUCGCAAGGAGCAGGUACGUCGGUUCCACCGUCCAGAGUUCCAGGCCAGACCUUACACCACAAUGGUUUUUGCCAAGCCAAAGACUCGCAAGCGCAAGCGUGAUAAGGGCAAGGAGGUGAACGAACUGUUCGGCCAGAGUUCAGACUUAACCUUGGGUGAUUCAGCUCCCUUUUUCAUGUUGGAAUACAGUGAAGAGGUACCGAUUGCCUUUUCCAACUUCGGAAUGGGCUCAAAACUGAUCAAUUACUAUAGAAAACGCAGCGAAGACGAUACUUCGAGACCGAAAUUGCCCGUGGGUGAGACUCAUGUUCUGGGAACACAGGACAGAUCACCAUUUUGGAACUUCGGCUUCGUAGAGCCAGGGAACAUCAUCCCCACGCUGUAUAAUAGGAUGGUUCGCGCGCCUGUUUUCCGUCACGAUCCGUACCAGACAGAUUUUCUAGUGGUUCGAAGCUCGGGAGGUGGAAAUCCGCAAAGGUGCUAUAUCCGUUCCAUUCCCUACAUGUUCACCGUGGGCCAGACAAUGCCUGUGGUGGAUGUUCCGGGUCCGCAUUCGCGGAAAGUUACCACCACGUCCAAGAACCGUCUAAAGAUGGUUGUUUUCCGCGUUCUCGGAAUGAACGACCAGCAAAGAUUGCUUGUGAAAGAUAUUUCAGUGCAUUUCCCUGAUCAGAACGACAUGCAAAAUCGCCAAAGGCUCAAGGAGUUUAUGGAGUAUCAGCGUAAUGGUGAGGACCAGGGAUAUUGGAAGAUCAAGCAGACGGAAGCUUUUCCUUCCAUUGAAGAUACGAGAAAGAUGAUUUCACCGGAAGAUGUUGCGUUAUUGGAGGUUAUGCAAGUGGGUCUCCAAAGAUUGGAGGAUUACGCCUCGUUCACAGAUGAUCCGGAAGCAAACAUGUUCGCCAAAAAGGAGAGUGAGGAGAGUUUGCAGGAGCAACUUGCCCCCUGGAAUACGUCGCGCAACUUCAUUAAUGCAACCCAAGGCAAAGCCAUGCUCCAGAUUCACGGUGAAGGUGAUUUUUCAGGCAAGGGCGAGGCUUUCUCGUUCUUGAAAACUUCGAUGAAGGGUGGUUUCAAAGCCUCAAACGACCUGGAUGGCAAAAAAUCAGCUACUGGUGGUCACAGCUAUAAUGUGGCCGUCCAGCAAAAGCUCUACGACGAAGAAAUUGCAAAAGUCUGGUAUGCUCAGCAGAAAAGUCUUGGUAAGAGCAAGCAUGCUUCUAGACCGUUUGACCAGACGAUCUUGAAAGAUGAACACUAUAUCAGAAAGGCUGGUGAGAGAUUGAACAAGGAGCUCCGUGUAUUGAACAAUACGCAUAGAAAUCAUCUCAAGAUUACGAGAAUGGUUAAAGAUGAAAACGGCAUUGUCCAACGUCAAACAGAGAUUAUCAAGGAUCCCAAGGUGAUUUCUUUGUACCUGAUGAAAAAGAAGCAGAUCGAAAAAGAGAUGGGUAUUGAGCCUGACCAGUUUGCUCCUACGGAUGAUGCUGAGGAGAACGAACGGAACAAGCGGAGACUUCAGGAGGAGUUAGAACGUCUCCAACGAGACCAGGAACAGAGAGUUGGCAACGUUGAUUCUGAGGGCAGAAUCAGCGGGAAAGGUAUCGGCAAGGGAAAGUCAACGAGUCGACACUGCGCUACUUGUGGUGCAUUGGGUCACAUUCGUACGAACAAAAGUUGUCCUCUGUACUACACUGUGAAUAACAAGUCCAAUACGAGUGGGUCUGUCAGUGGGGCUGGGAGCGUUGCAGGUACUCCGGCGGAAGCUGUCACGCCAAUCGUUUAG